AUGGCUGCCACUGAUAUAGAACCUACCGGCAUCGAGGUCAUUGUGAUUGGGGCUGGUUUAGGCGGAUGCGCCGCAGCACUUGCCAUGAAACAUCACGGUCAUGAUGUGAUUGUGUAUGAAAAGCUCACAAACUUCCGCCGAUUAGGCGACUCCCUUGGCCUGGGCGAAAACGCACUCAAGCUGCUACGUCGCUGGGGUGGCGAUACCUUGUAUCAUUCUCUUACCUCGAUUGGCAACCAAUCAGAGGACAUGCAGAUACGUAGGUGGCACGAUGGGACGAUCCUGGCCCAGCAACCGUUGAUGGACAUGGCGGGACACAUAGGCCACCGUGGGGACUACCAUGAGGCUUUCUUGCAAGGUGUUCGUGAUGCCGGCAUCGAGAUCAAAAUGGGGUAUGAGGUAGUCGGGUUUGGUGAAGGUGACGGCGAGGAUGCAAGACCAAGCGUCAUAUUUAAGGACGGGACAGUGGUGAGAGCAGAUCUGAUUGUCGGCGCAGACGGAAUAAAGAGCCGUGCACGAGAGCUUGUCUUGGGCUUUACAGAUGCGCCGAAGAGCAGCGGCUACUCGUGCUGGAGAGCAUAUUUCCCUGGUGAACAUCUAAAGGGCGACGCGUUGUGUCAAGACUUCAUUGAUCAUGAUUGCGUCAAUAUCUGGAUUGGCUCAGAUACGCACCUCGUUCAAAAUACUCUCCGUGGUGGCGACGAGUUCAAUUGGAUAAUAACACGCAAGCUCUCCCAUGAGGCUGAUAUGGAGAUCAAGGAGUCCUGGUUUCAGGAAGGAGACAUGGCUGACGUGCGCAAGCAUAUCGAGGGUUUAGACCCGAGGAUUGCAGCGGCAGUUGAAAAAACUCCAGCGCUCCUGGAUUGGAAGAUCUGCUACCGAGAUCCAUUACCGACUUGGGUGUCAAAGCAACACAAUAUUGCACUUCUCGGUGACAGUUGCCACCCACAUCUUCCCACGAGCGCGCAAGGCGCGAGUCAGGCAACAGAAAGCGCCGCGGUAUUGGCAGUGUGUCUAAGGCUGGCAGGAAGCGACGAAAUCCCACUAGCUACGAGGUCAUACGAGAAGAUCCGGUUUGCACGGACCAGGCAAAGCCAGACGGCCGGAGAAGAUCUUCGUGAUCGCUGGCACAAUGCUCUCAAAGGGUUGGAAGAGGGUGUAGAGAUUGACCCGGAAUCUGUCAAAAUGCGUAACAGAUGGCUGUAUGCAUAUGAUGCUGAAGCUGAUACGAUCUCCAGAUGGAAAGAGGUGUCUUCCAGAGUGGAAGCAGAGUUAAGGACGGGCAAGAUCGAACCGCUGUACACUGCUAAACCAAAGACCGCGAACAGAGAAGUUUAA